UCGGGAGAGGGUUGCGUCACAAUGUCAGUGCUCUAACCAAAAACUCACGAUAUUGCACCGUGAUGUGUCAUUUCCCGGAGCUCAAUUGCUAACUUUGAUACAGUGGAUGAUGCCUUGGCUUACAUGGCGGCCGUGGAGGGGCGCAGUCGCACACGAAGAGGGUAAGAACACUCCAGGAGGGCUAGUUGGAUUAAUUCCGUGAUGAAAUUAGGCGAAGCUUUUUGUCUGUUGAUGAAAUUGAUUGAGAUGGCUGAGAUGUGGAUGACUGUUACCGGAAUUGGCGUUCUAGUAUAUGGCGCUUGGGCAAUAGGUACGUCCAGAUUAAAUGGACAGGGUGACAGACAACCCAUAAUCGAUGAUGUUCUGAACAAUGAAUAUGGAACUCUUCAAGAUAAUCGCUCUCGUCUGCUUGCACCACGAUGUUUGAAUUGAGAGGUAUCUGAAGCCAUUGUCAAUCAAGGUAUAGAGAAUCUUGCUGUUACACGGCAAGGGAGGCCGCCGGACCUCAGCGAGCAAAGCAAGACCAAGGUAAGGUAUAAGUCAGAAUCAAAACGAAGUCCGUGUGUCGUGUCGUAGUUUGUGUCCAUAAACGAGACUAGGGAUGGAAGCGGGAGUAAAGGUGAAGAUAGAAUCCCCCAAAACCACUUACACGGGCUGGGCCCGAAGAACGACGAGUUCGA